GUGGGGGACGAAAGGGAGUGGAGUGCGCGGUUAUCCGGGCGGCCAUUGCGAGGUACCUUGUACGUUGAAGCCGCGCGAGCGCGAGACAGCCCAAGUGUCAAAAGUGCGGCCCUGAGGAAUCCAGGCGGAUCGACGAUCAUCCUCGCGAGAAGCUGCUCCGUUUGAAGCCCGGGACGCGCAUCGAGACUCCGACCCGAUGGCUGAGACCGACAAGUUGAACAUCGACAACAUCAUAGCUCGGCUCUUGGAAGUGCGAGGAGCAAGACCAGGCAAAAAUGUUCAGUUGACAGAAGUGGAGAUUAGAGGAUUGUGUCUCAAGUCGCGAGAAAUUUUUCUAUCACAACCCAUUCUUUUAGAACUUGAAGCACCAUUAAAGAUAUGUGGUGAUAUUCAUGGGCAAUACUACGACUUGCUGCGAUUAUUUGAGUAUGGUGGUUUUCCUCCGGAGAGCAACUAUCUUUUUUUAGGAGAUUAUGUUGAUAGAGGGAAACAAUCUUUAGAAACUAUCUGUCUCCUUCUUGCCUAUAAAAUCAAGUACCCAGAAAAUUUCUUUUUGCUGAGAGGAAAUCACGAAUGUGCAUCCAUUAAUAGGAUAUAUGGAUUUUAUGACGAGUGUAAACGUCGUUACAAUAUUAAACUAUGGAAAACGUUCACCGAUUGCUUUAAUUGCUUGCCGGUUGCUGCGAUAGUAGACGAAAAGAUAUUUUGCUGUCAUGGAGGCCUGAGUCCGGAUCUGCAGAGCAUGGAACAAAUUAGACGUAUCAUGAGACCGACAGAUGUACCUGAUCAAGGAUUACUCUGUGAUUUAUUGUGGUCCGAUCCCGAUAAAGAUACCAUGGGUUGGGGCGAAAACGAUCGUGGUGUAUCAUUUACAUUUGGCGCAGAAGUCGUUGCCAAAUUUUUACACAAACAUGACUUUGAUCUUAUAUGCCGUGCACAUCAGGUGGUGGAAGAUGGUUACGAAUUCUUUGCCAAACGACAAUUGGUAACAUUAUUCUCGGCUCCGAAUUAUUGCGGCGAAUUUGACAAUGCAGGUGCCAUGAUGUCGGUAGACGAGACUCUCAUGUGCAGUUUUCAGAUUUUAAAACCAGCCGAUAAGAGAAAAUUCACUUACGGUGGGCUGAAUGCGGGACGGCCGGUGACGCCACCGCGAGGCGCGAACAACAAAAAUAAGAAGAAGUGAAAUCCUUAGACUUGUCUUUUCGAAUGGGAUGCUUAAGAUUUUACAACUGCUACUCCCUGACCCACCAUCUGUUAAGACGUUACGUCCUUGUAAGAAAGAGAGAGAGAACGAAAGAGAGAAAGCGAGAGCGAGAGAGAGAA